AUGGCGGACCUGCGCGACAUGGAGCGCCUGCGCGCGAGCUUCCGCUCGCGCGACGGGCUGUAUCAGCGAACCGGCGAGGCGCCGGAGCGCCGCGUGUCGGCGGCGGCGUGCCGCGCGGCCUACGCGACCGCGCUCGCGGCCGCCACGGUCCUCGCGGCCGCCGCGCCGUGGCCCGACGGCUGGGCCGACGCGCCGCUGGUGCGCGGGCUCGCGCUCGACGCCGCGGCGACCGUCGUCGUCUACGGGUUCAGCCUCCGCGCGGACAACAGCUCGGUCUACGACCCGUACUGGUGCGUGCUGCCGCUCUGGCUCCUCUUCUACUGGAAGGCCGAGGCGCCCGGCGGCUUCUGGUUCUACGAGCCCCGGGAGACGAUGGUGCUCUGCUGCGUCUGGGCCUGGGCCUGGCGCUUCUUCUUCCUCCACCUCACGCCGACGCUCCUCGUCUACGGCGCGCUCGCGCCGGCGGCGCGCGUCGUCCUGGCCGGCUCGGACGCGCCGCCGCUGAAUCGGCUCGACGCGGUCGCGCUCGCCUGCGUCGUCGCGUCGCUCGCGCUCGAGGCGGCCGCGGACGAGACGCUCCGGCGGCACCGCGCGUCCGGAAAGACGGCGACGUGCGUCGCGGGCCUCUGGGGCCGGUCGCGGCACCCGAACUACUGCGGCGAGUGUCUGUUCUGGGCGUCGCUGUCCCUCUUCGCGCUCGCGGCCGACCGGCUCACGCCGGCGCUCGCCGCGGGGCCCGCGGCCAUGUGCCUCUUCUUCCGCCUCGCGUCCGCCCUCGAGGCCUUCGUGGGCGGGGGCGACGCCGGCACGCCGUCGGGCCGGCGGCAGACCGUCGAGGGCUCGUCGCUGGACCAGCUCGAGCGGCUCAUCGCGGGCGACGCGCUCGACGAGGCCGCGCGGAGCGCGAUCCGGUCGUCGCGGGGCUCGGACGCGACGGCGUCCGACGCGCGGCGGCUCCUCGGGUCCCUGGCGCCGAGCGAGGGCGGCGAGACCGUGGCGACGGAGGAGCUGCGGGGCCUCGAGCACCUCGUCGCGGACGCGACGGCGCCGCCGCCGGGCCGCGCGGAGCGCGCGGCGGCGGCCGCGGCGAGCUGCGCCGUCGCGGCGCUCGGCGCGGCGAACGCGGCGUUGGGCCUGCGGGGCACGGGCGCGGCGGCCUACGAGGAGCUGCUGGCGACGCCGCCGGAGCUCCUCGGCGGCGCGGGCCUGCUGGGCGACGGCGGCGCGUCGCCGGGCCGCGCGCGGACGGGCCUCGAGUUCGUCUCCGCGGCGACGCACGUGCCGCCGACGCUGGGCCACGGCCGGCGGAGCCUGCCCCAGGAGCACCAGCUCCUGCCGAGCGGCGCGCCGCCGGCGCCGGCGGAGCCGUCGGCGCUCGACGUCGUCGCCGCCGCCGAGGCCGCGCUCGAGCUCGAGCGCGCGGCGCUGGCGCCGCGGUCGCCGCCGUCGCUGAGCCCGCCGCCCAAGGGGUCGGCGCAGCUCAAGAGCUGCCUGAGCUCGUCGAAGAAGCGCCGGCCCAGGACCGCGGCGUCGCCCGGCGGCGUCACGUUCAACGCCGAGUCGCGAGUGACGACGUUCCGCGGCGACGACCCGCCGUCGGCGCUGACGCCCGGCGGCACGGAGCGCACGCGCGAGGCCGACGGCCGCCGCGCGUCGGACCCCGGCGGCGCCGCCGCCGCGGCGGACGCCGGCGGCGGCGAGGACCGGCGCAAGACGCUCGAGAACUCGGCGGCGCUCGCGCGGUGGACGAUCGACCACGGCGGCUCGCGGCGGCCGGACCUGUCGUCGUCGCCGCGGCGCGCGUCGGGCCGCUUCUCGCGCGUCGAGGACGACUCGACGUCCUCGACGAGCGACGACGACGACGACGACGACCGCGAACGGGCCAUGGAGCUCACGGGCGCGCUGACGGCGGACUUCGGCCGCGGCGCGCCCAACGAGCUGAGCCCCAUCGGCGAGGAGGGCGAGGCCCAGUCGCCGGAGAGCGCGCCCUCGACGGCGGCGCCCAAGUUCGGCGCCAACUUCGAGUCGCCCGACGGCGGCGACGACGUUGCCGCGCCGGACGCGGACCGCACCGUCGCGCUCGAGGCGCACCUCGGCGAGCUCCUGGACCUGUCGCCCGGCGCGCCGCCGGCGGACGCCACGGUCCAGCUCGAGGCGAGCCUCGGCGAGCUGCUGGAGGCGUCGGGCGGCGCGCCCGCGCGCGCGUCCUCGAGCUCCUCUUCCAUGGUCGACGAUUCGGACGCGCCGCCGCGCGCGCUCCUCGAGGCCCUAGGCCUCGACGACGUCGCCCUCACGCUCGCGGCGUCGACGGGCGUGCCGACCCUCGCCGGCGGCGGCCUCGGCGGCGCCGCGCCGCCGCGCGCGGCCGCGGCGGCCGCCGCGCGCGAGGCGCGCGCGUGCCGCGCGGCCGCCGCGGCCGCGUCGCGCGACGCGGCCGCCGCGCGCGAGCGGGGGCUCGAGGCGCUCAUGGCCGGCGGCGCCGCCGCGGCCCACGCCCUCGCGACGGCGCCCGGCGUCGCGCGCGACGUCGUCGCGGCGGCCGCGGCCGACGCGCGCGCCGCGCUCGCCGCGCGCGCCGCCGCGGGCCGCCGCGCGCUCGCCGCGGACCUGCGCAAGGCGGCCAAGACGCUCGCCGCCGAGGCCGACGCGGGCCGGUGCCGCGCGCUCGUCGACCGCGUCGCCGCCCUCGAGCGCCGCCGCGACGAGCUCCGCGCCGCGCCGCCGGGCGCGCUCGUCGUCGCGCCGCCGAAGGACGACGCGGACGCGAAGUACCGCGAGCGACUCGCCGCGGGGCUCCACGGCUGGACCGCGGCCAAGGUCGGCGCGGACGAGGCCGUGCUCGCGCUGCCCCACGCGCUCUACGGCACCUGGGCGACGUUCCACGUGCUCCAGGCCAAGGGCGACCGGCGGCUCCUGUGCCGGCGCGGCGUAGGGGAAGCGCCCGCGGACGCCGCGCUCGCGAACGUCCGCGCCAAGUUCGGCGCGGCGCCCGACGACGCCUGCGCGUCGGCGCUCUUCGCCGCGCCCCACGUCUGGCUCCACCCGGCGGCCCACGCCGUCGACGGCGCCGUCUUCGAGGUCGCCGUGGCCGAGAAGGGGGGCCAGAAAGCUCUCGUCUCCGAGCUCGCGCGCGCGACCCUCGGCGCGGCCAAGCUCCAGCGCCUCGGCAAGGAGCUCUUCGCCCUCCAGGCGACCUGCGCCAUGGCGCCGCCGGCCUGGUCGAGCUCGGCCUGCGCGGUCGCCGUCGACGCGCGGUCGGUGUCGGUCGGCGCGACGCUCCGGCUCGCCUUCGCCGCGCGGCGCGGCUACCCGGCCUACGGCGCGGGCCGCCUCGCGCGGCCGGGCCCGGGCGCCCUCCUCACGCUCGCCAUCGAGCCGGGCCUCGGCGCGGCCGCGCCGCGCCUCGCGGACCGCGCUAUCCGCGCGCUCGCGGACCGCGGCCUCGCGCUCCCGGGCGCGGCCGGCGGCGCGCUCCACUGCCAGCACACGCCGGGCAGCCUCCUCGCCGUCUGCGCCUGCGUCCAGCAGGCCAUCGACCAGGACCUCCCGCCGCCGGUCGCGGAGGACGCGCCCGCGGCGCUCCUCGACCGCGAGCGGCCGCCCCAAGCGCCGGCCGCGCUCUAG